AUGUUUCAGUUAUUAAUAUUAUUUUUGGGCGACAAGGACACUGGCCUUGUCAAUAAGUUCGGCCAACCCGAUGGGUGGGACUCUGACAAGACAAUUGACGACAACUCAAACGACAGGAGGAACGACAUGGAAAUAGACGGAGAACUUGAUUCUGGUGACGAUCGCACCCACAACGACGACGACAACAAGGGCGAGGUGGAGGAGGAUGACGAGGAUACUGAUAAAUCGACCAAGGAUUCUGUCAUUCUUGUGGAAAGUACUUACAAGCUUACGGAUACUGCAAACGACAAAGACACCAACAACAUGGGCCUGAAUACGGAUGAGGCAGUUUCCAAACUGACCGGUGUUACUGGUGAAGACAAGGACCCUGAAUUGGCAUCUCCGCCGAGGAAGAAGGGACGGUCCCACAGGGUUUCGGUGGUCGCUCCGUCUACAGAAAUGGAUGUGGACGGGAGCUCUUUGAGUGAACCCAGUGCUAAACGUACACAUUCAGCGUCUGCUUCACAAUCAACCACACCAACCGCACAAAAAACGGACACCACUUCCACGAAGCAAAGCUCUAAGGCCAAACGAAGACUACAACGCAGCUUGACAUUGGAAGAACGCCUAGAUGGGCUGCGACAAGUCAACUUGGACGGCAUGGAUGGUCAGGCUAUCCUGGUUGAACUGGGAAUGGCGUACAGCUAUCAAGGUCAACAAGGGGGGAACACGACCCAUGCCUCUAUUAUCUUGAACCAUAUUCUGGAUACGCUGGCAGACGUCCUAAAGAACGCGGAGGAGACGAUUCGCUUUCUUCCCUUGUCUGACAGCGCUUACAAGAAGUCUAAGCAGUGGAUCCGAACGGAAGCGGAUCUUCGACGGCUGAUUCCCGAUUACCGGAGCUUGUCCAAGUAUCUGGACAUGUCUUUCGGCAACAUGUCAUAUGCCUCAACUUCUAAUAAGCCAGGUGAAAAGAAGCUUCGAACAAGGAUGAGAGUGGGUUUUGAGGUUGAGGUGGUGGCAGGAACGAUUUGCCAAUAUCUACAUGGCAAAUUGCGUCCGCAAGGGUAUGGAGCGGGAUGCUAUGAAUUGGUUCUACAGUUUGGCGAUAUCGAGAAAAUUGGGGCGCUGUGCUUCUAUCCACAGGAGAUUAACAUCAGGGUCAUGGAGAAAGAAUUAAUGUGA